UCAGAAUCAGUUUUGCACACACCCCAGAAAUUCCAAACAUUUAUGGGGAUUCUUUCUGGAAGUUCACUUACUCACUCAGACUGAAAGAUUCCAAGGCCAAUGUCGAACAUCCUCGGGAUUAUCGGAGAUCACCUUGUCAUCACUCAACACCUCCUCUUCACACUCCUCUGCAUCUCGGUAAUACAUAUUCUAUACGUUCAUACUUCAUAGUAUGCCUGCACAUCUCUCUACAGCUAUAUGUAUAUGUAUAUACAUACGUGUGUGUGACUGUGUGUAUAAUAUUUGGUCCUCUGAGUUAUUGAUCUGCUGUUGGGUUUCCCUGAAGAAAUUCUUGCAGGUCUUUAGGUCUCUCUGCUGCGCGAUUGUUUGAAAUUUUAUUUGGCAUUUAAAAUGGAAAAUUAAAAGAAAGACCUUGUGAAAUUUCUUUCCAAUCGGUAUUGUAAAAGAGAUAGUUUUUUAGUCUUAAAGCUUGUUUUUAGUGUAAGAGCUGCUUGAGGAAGAUGUAAUUUUAUUGAAAUAGUUGAGCUGGUUGAAGUUGCUGAAACUGUGGCUUGAAGUGGCCAACAAGGUUGAACUAAUUCGAAAGAAGUUAUAAUAUACGAUAGUAUAUCUUAAUUAAACUAAAUGAAAUAAUACCCAUUUCAUCGAAAAAUCACUCAUUUACUACUUUCUUUUCCAUUACCUACCUAUCAUGGCAACUAUUGCACUGAAAUAAUUUAGCGUUUCAUAGAAAUCUGAUUUGUAAAGCUCAUAGCAAAACAAACAUACGAAAGGGACACAAAAUUCAGUCAGUCUGAUGCAAUGGAUUUCAGGUCACCUCUUCUAUUGUAUAUUUAUAUCUUUUACUUUGGUCGUUUGCUCAUUUUCUCUGUGAGUUGUAUCUUUUACAUAGGCAGUUGGAAGUGAAUCGGAGAAGUCACAACAGUACCCUUUAGUUGUAAGCACUUGGCCUUUCGUAGAAGCUGUUAGGGCUGCCUGGAAGGCCGCUGAUAGCGGUUUGUCAGCUAUGGAUGCAGUGGUGGAAGGCUGUUCCACUUGUGAGGAAUUACGGUGUGAUGGCACAGACAUACACAGGUGACAAUGGAAGUUGGAGCUGUUGGUGCUAUGAGGUAUGUGAAAGAUGGAAUAAAAGCUGCAAGGCUGGUGAUGCAAUAUACCAAACACACUAUGCUUGUUGGGGAGCAAGCUUCGGUCUUUGCCCUUUCCAUGGGCCUUCCUGGGCCUACAAACCUAAGCUCAGCAGAAUCAAUAGAAAAAUGGAUGAAAUGGAAAGAAAGCAAUUGCCAAUCUAAUUUUAGAAAAAAUGUCUUCCCUGUGGAUAACUGCGGCCCAUACCAUCCUAAGCGUUCUCUCUACCAGGAUGAGCAUAUAUGCUCCACAAGGCCUACUCAAUCAGGGUCAUUUCAUAUAAACCGUAACAACCAUGACACAAUCUCAAUGGCAGUUGUUGACAGAGAAGGGCAUAUUGCUGUUGGAACCUCAACUAAUGGGGCAGCAUUCAAGAUUCCUGGAAGGGUUGGUGAUGGACCUAUUGUUGGGUCUUCAGCAUAUGCUGACUCUGAAGUUGGAGCUUGUGGGGCAACUGGGGAUGGUGACAUCAUGAUGCGUUUCCUACCAUGCUAUCAAGUUGUGGAAAGUAUGAGAUUAGGCAUGGAACCCAAAGUUGCUGCUCAAGACGCAAUAUCACGUAUAGCGAGAAAAUUCCCAGGCUUCAUGGGGGCAGUGUUUGCUGUCAACAAGAAUGGUGUUCAUGCCGGUGCAUGCUAUGGAUGGACAUUUCAGUACUCUGUAAUGAAACCUGGAAUGGACGGUGUUUAUGUCUUCACCGUUUACCCUGAAACCAUGACUGUGUGACAAAGAUGCCCCCAAGUCGCCAACUUCCCUUUUCAAGUAUGCAAUGUGGAAUUCAUUGCAGUUCCUUUGUUGUAAUAUUAAUUUGCUAGGCUAGAAGAAUUCCUCAAUUCAUAUCAACAGAAACUAAAAACGAUGUUGUUUAGAAGUUAAUAUUUUUUCUUGAAAGGGCUGAAAGGAAGAUAAAUGGCAUAUGGACUUCAUUAUAUGACA